AUGAAUCGACUCCGCUUGGACCGGUGUCUGGGCACGGUCUCGUCGGCGGCCUUCAGGCGAAGUCAUACCGAGAGCCUGAUCCAUAGCUUGGGUCAUCAGAAAAACAUCACUUUCGCGUGGGCGAGGACGGAUCUAGAACCUCAGCAGGAUGAAGCCAGCUCAAUUAGCGGAGGAGGAUUGCCACCCUACAUUGCGCAUCAAGCCGGUGUGAAUUGCCUCUCCAUCGACGAGAAUGAGGGCCGCUAUCUCUUUUCAGGAGGAGCGGACUCUUCCAUUCGCUUGUGGGAUCUCGAGGAGCAUGAAGGCUUGUCGCCGCCGUCAGCGUCGCGGAGUGCAUUGACGAAAUACAUUCCUAAAGCAACCCUGUCCAAGAGCACCCCCGACUCGCAUACUCAUGCCCUCACCUCAAUCUCAAUUUAUCCCUUCGAUCCUACUCCCUCCACCCUCCUCACAACCUCUUAUGACAAGACCCUGAAAGUCACGUCAAUAACCCCUUCUGCCCUAACUCCUGUCCACACAUUCUCUCUGGACUUUCUUCCCUAUACCCACUGCCUCUCCCCGCUUCCGGAUUCGUCGCCCUUGAUCGCCGUCGGAACAGCCCACCCAGCCAUCCGCCUUCUUGAUCUCCGCUCAGGGCUGUCCACGCAUUCUCUGGCCGGCCCCAACGGCGCCGUGUACAGCGUGUGCUGGUCCCCAAAACAAUCGCACCUCCUCGCGUCCGGCUCCACCGACGGCCGCGUACUCUUCUACGAUAUCCGCCGAGCGAAUGCCGUCUUUGCUUCUUUGGAUUUCGACGACGCGAUCGGCGUCAUCGGCGCAUCGGCGACCACCGGAGCAGGAGCCCGUCGCGAAUUGUUAGAUUUUAACGCCCUUGCGCAUAACGGUCCGGUUACCAGCGUGCAGUGGUCUCCGACGGGGGACAAGGUCGUCACUGCGGGCCAUGAUCAGCGCAUUCGCGUCUGGGACGCCGCUUCAGGCCGCAACGACCUGGUCCACUACGGACCGAGGAUCAGGAACGAGAGGCAAGGCGAGUUGAGACCGUUGAUCUCUCCGCGAGGUUGUCACGGUGUUGGGAAGGAGAUGCUCUGGUGGCCCAACGACGACGGAAGGGGCAUGGUGUUUCAGCACCACUUGAGAGAGGGCAACUUGGUCAGGAUCUUGAAGACAGAAGGGGUCAGGGCCUCGGAUGUGCAGCGCGCAGGCGCCAAGAAAGGAGGUGGCAGAAGAGGCGCCCUAAGCGGCAGCGGCGUGGGUAACGUCGCAAGGCUGACCAGCGGAGGAAGGAUAAACGCCAUGGUCUGGCGGGUCAAUGCCGCCAUGGGGGAAGGCAUAGAGAUGUACACGGCCCACGGAGACGGAAGGAUUUGCUCCUGGAUGCCCGCGCAGACGGUAGACGAGGACGACGACGAGCAAGAAGAAGAAAACGCCGGAUCUACCAGUGGCAACGCCGUCCCGGUCCUGGACGAGGCUGAGCAGAGGAAGAAACGCAAGCGAGAUCUCAUGGAGGAUUUGAUAUCAGGCCUGACGAAGAAGCCCAUCACCUUUUCGUAA